AAUCUAUUAUUGCUUUCUCACUCUUCUUCAGUAUUUUCGUCUUCUCAAUUCCAAUCUCGAAUUAAAGUUCUAGGGUUUCGCUUUUUUCAAUCAACAGAAAAAAUGAGUUCUACAACCAAGGGUGGAAGGGGCAAGCCAAAGGCCUCCAAAUCUGUUUCAAGAUCCUCAAAGGCCGGUCUUCAAUUUCCAGUCGGUAGAAUUGCAAGAUUCUUGAAGGCUGGAAAAUACGCCGAACGUGUUGGUGCCGGUGCUCCUGUGUACCUCUCCGCCGUUCUUGAAUAUCUUGCCGCUGAGGUUUUGGAAUUGGCUGGGAAUGCUGCUAGGGACAACAAGAAGAACCGAAUUGUUCCAAGGCACAUUCAACUUGCUGUUAGGAACGAUGAGGAACUCAGCAAGCUAUUGGGGGCUGUAACCAUUGCCAAUGGUGGUGUUUUGCCUAAUAUUCACUCGACUUUACUUCCUAAGAAGGUUGGAAAGGGGAAAGGAGAAAUUGGAUCUGCUUCUCAAGAAUUUUAGGGUUUCUGUUUGUUAUUGAGUAGUUGUAGUAGUUUUAAUUUGCCGUGUAGUUGUAACAUACAAUUUUUGGGUUUAUGUUUCUGAUAACAAAGAAAUCCAGCUUCUCUAUGGAGUUGGUAGUUUCUGUACUAUAACCUUUCAAGGAGAUUAAACGAAAACAUUGUUUCAUCAAAUAUAAUUGAAUUACUAUUUUGUUUUAUAUAA